AUGGCCCUACAGACCUGUAAUUUGCAUCAGUCCUUCCACCCUCACCUCCUUCUCCCGGUCCUGCUGUUGCUCCUCCAGGCCUGGCGAGGGUGCUGUCACCCCCAGUGUUUGGAUUACAAGCCUCCGUUUGAGCCCCGGCAGCCAUUGGUCUUCUGCAAAGAGUAUACCAAGUUUGGAUGUUGUGAUCUGGAAAAAGAUAUGGCCGUAUCAGUAAAGUUUUACACCAUCAUGGACAACUUUGACCAUUCAGGUUAUGUAGCCUGUGCAAAGUAUAUACGCAGCAUCCUGUGCCAGGAGUGUUCUCCAUACUCCGCCCACCUGUAUGAUGCUGAAGACGCUAACACACCCAUGCGGAUGCUGCCUGGACUGUGCGGGGAUUACUGCACCGACUACUGGCUGCAGUGUCGGUACACGCUCAGCCUCCUCUUGGAGGACUCGGAGAGCCCGCAACAGUUUGCAAACCUGACUGCAACGAUAGAAGACGAUCGCAGAAGGUUCUGCGACUUUCUGGAGCUGAAGGACAAGCAGUACUGCUAUCCUAAUGUGUUGUCAAAUUCAGAGCUAAAUGCUAACCUGGGCUUGGUACGUGAGGAUCCCAAAGGUUGUCUGGAGCUGUGCUUGCAAGAGGUUGCCAACGGGCUCCGUAACCCUGUGGCCAUGAUCCACGCGGAUGAUGGGACUCAUCGAUUCUUUGUGGCGGAGCAGCUGGGUUACGUGUGGGUGUAUCUGGCCAACGGCUCCAGGAUCGAUCGUCCUCUCCUCAACCUCACCCAUGCCGUCCUCACAUCGCCGUGGGCUGGAGACGAGAGGGGAUUUCUCUGCAUAGCCCUACACCCAAGGUUCACCACAGUCAGGAAAGCAUAUGUGUACUACUCUGUGUCUGUCAAGAAGCAGGAGAGGAUACGUGUCAGUGAGUUCACACUGCUAACAGAUGAUGACAACCAAAUGGAUCACACCUCUGAGAGAACCAUUCUUGAGGUGGUAGAGCCGGCAUCCAAUCACAAUGGAGGACAACUUCUAUUUGGGCAUGACGGGUACCUGUACAUCUUCAUUGGUGAUGGUGGCCGAGCUGGCGACCCAUUUGGAAAGUUUGGCAACUCACAGAACAAGUCAACACUCCUCGGCAAGGUGCUGCGUGUUGAUGUCGACAACAAUGACGAUGGCACCCCGUACAGCAUCCCCUCAGACAACCCAUUCUUGCGGGAGAAGGAAGCACGACCCGAGAUUUAUGCCUAUGGAGUUCGCAACAUGUGGCGUUGCUCCAUCGACCGAGGUGACCCCAUUACAGGCCGAGGUGGAGGCAGGUUGUUUUGUGGUGACGUAGGCCAGAACAAAUAUGAAGAGGUGGACCUUAUUGUUAAAGGAGGCAACUAUGGAUGGAGGGCCAAAGAAGGCUUCAGCUGCUACGAUCGCAAACUCUGUCAAAACUCCUCGCUAGAUGACAUCUUGCCUAUCUUUGCAUAUCCCCACAAGUUGGGCAAAUCAGUGACAGGAGGAUACAUCUACAGAGGCUGUCAGAUGCCCAACCUCAAUGGACUCUAUAUCUUUGGGGAUUUCAUGAGUGGGCGUCUGAUGUCUCUGAAGGAGAAUGUCACUUCAGGUGAAUGGCAUUACAAUGAGAUCUGCAUGGGAAGAGACCAGACCUGCAGAUUCCCCAAACUCAUCAACAGUUACUAUAAAUACAUCAUCUCUUUUGCCGAGGAUGAAGCAGGUGAACUGUAUUUCUUAGCAACUGGAGCCGCAAGUGCCACAGCCAGAGCAGGAGUCGUCUAUAAGAUAGUGGACCCUUCCAGGCGAGCGGCACCAGGAAAAUGCAGCAUCAAGCCUUCUCCUAUUAAGAUAAAAGGAAAACUGAUUCACUUCUACCCCAAAGAAGAGUUUGUAAUCAACAAGAAACCAACCACAACAGCCGUACCAACGACAUCCACAAGAAAAACUACAACAACAACAAAAAAAACACCACCAAGAAGAAAAACACCAAUAAUAAUAAUAAAACCACCAAUGCCAACAAGAAAAACAAUAAGAAAAACAUCACUACCACCACCAACAACAACAAGAAAAACAACAUUACAAACAACAAGAAAAACAACAAUGAGAAAAACACCAACAACAACUAUAAAAGCAACAACACUAAAAACAACCGUACCAACAACUGUCGAGACGUCAAUGGCAACAACCCCCGCCACAACCACACCCACUGGUUAUCGCACAACCAUCAUGACUGCAGCUCAAACCCCAAUCAUCACCACAUCUCCGACCAGGAGACACGGGAGACCCCUUCAGUACGCCCCUUUUACCACCUUCCAACCUUUAACCUUGCCAGAACCUUCUCCACCCACAACAUCCCUGAAACGACCCCAGAUGGCUCUGACCUCUGCACGAUACCCCGAGCGUUCUGGAUCGUUGACCACACCACAGCCACCAGACUGGAGUCAGAAACCCACGACUUCAGGCUACAAGCCCCAGAGACCACCAAUCAACACAACGCUGCCUAAAUCACAGGAAGAGAGGCUGUGGCUCGGAGAGAAGCUGGAAAGCGUCGGAGAGGGUAACCAAGUAUUUAAGAGGCCUCGAGGAAGAGGUCACGGUUACAAGAGAGGAAGAGGAGGAAGAAGGCUGCGGGGCGGCUCGGUGCGACUGGUAAGCGCCGAUGGCUUAUCAGACCGAGGUAGAGUGGAGAUCUUUAUCCGUGGUGAGUGGGGGACAGUAUGCGAUGACCUUUUCACCAGCAAAGCAGGUACUGUAGUGUGUCGACAGGUCGGCUACACAACGGCGUUGGCGGUGAUGAAGAGGGCUGUGCUGGGGGAGGCGGAGCGCACCGUCAGGAUCCUGUUGGAUGACGUGGAGUGUGAGGGCGGGGAGAGAUCGCUGCUGGAGUGCAAAAGAUCCAGGGUGGGGAAACACAACUGCUCACAUGGAGAAGAUGUAGGGGUGAUCUGCGGUUAG